GCGGGGUUGGCGGGGGGCUGGUGGGUGACCCGCGUGGCUCUUCACCCCGAGCGCCUCUGCCGGACCCGGUGGUCCAGGCCCCCCCCCGACGCCUGCGGACCCGCACGCUCAUGCUGAAACGAGGUCCCGGCAGGGCCCAGUUUGGUUCUGGCCAGAAGGUGUUGGCUUCUGAGGCCUUAAGAGAAGAACGAAUAUCCUGGACACCCUGCUCUGUGGAAGAGUGGGGGAAGAGAUGACAGCCCCUGGCCUCCGUCCUUGGAUCAGACCUGCGGGCUCCGAGGACCUCAUCUGCCAGCCCCCUCUUCUCAGGUACCUGUCAUGAUUAAGAGUGGCAUGGAUCUGCAGUGAAGUCAUAAUUGGUCUACCAUGAAUUGGAAGGUUCUUGAGCACGUGCCUGUACUGCUGUAUAUCUUGGCGGCAAAAACAUUGAUUCUUUGCCUGGCAUUUGCUGGAGUGAAAAUAUACCAAAGGAAAAGAUUGGAAGCCAAACAGCAAAAACUGGAGGCCGAAAAGAAGAAGCAAUCAGAGAAGAAAGAUAAUUAAAGAGAAAUCAAAGAUUUUGUCGUGCAAAGGUCAGCUUGUGCAGACUCCCACAGAGAAGAAAGAGAAGACUUCAAUACUGAAUGAUGUGUCAGGAUAAACUCCCAACCUAUGCCUUUAACUUAAAACCAUGUAAACUUUUAUAUGUUUUUAAAAGCACCAGUAUUGUGUUUACUGAAUUAAAAUAGCUUUGUAAAAACA